UCUUAAACAACCACCAUGUACCAUCAUUCUUCACCUUAUACCUCCACCAUUCCCAUCAGGAACACACCAUCUUCACCCUUCUUCCACUCAAUAAACACCUUCUUCAUCCACCCUCUACUACCACUAACCACCCAAUAUAACCUUUCUCCAUCUCUAUUCCCACCUCCUUAAUCAUCCUUCAUCCACCUUAACACCACCUUCAUUUAUUGAAUCUAGCCAAAACAGAACCCACUGCACAACCAUCGUCGAAGACCCUACACCACCUUCCUUUCCACCAUCUUUCUCCCUGUCACCACCAUUGACCCUUUCAUAUUGAUCCCAUAUUCUUGUGUUACUACUGACCUGGAGUUUCAAAUCAGAACAAAAAAUUAGAAAGGGGAAGGAGACCUGCUAUCGAUUCAAGAAGAUACAAAAGUGUCGAUUGAAUGUGAGAAAAAAAAAGAGGGAAAACAAGAUCAGUUUGAGUGGUGGAGAGAAAGAAGGUGAAACUUGUGAUCGACUUAGAGAGGAGUUGAGAUAUUUAGUAUCGAUCGAAUGUUGAGAAAGAAAAAGGGGUCGAUUUAAAGAAACAAGCAGCACCAAAUCAAAACCUACAUGUGAAUUGUUUUUUUUUCUUAAGGGAAGUUUCGAGCAAGGGCUUUAACGAAAGCACUCUAUGGCGAUUGGAUACUUCAUAAAUUCUGAACACCUCUGAAACAAAUCCAUGGAAGCAAAGAGAUAGUAAUUGAGGCUCACAAAAACCACAAUUCUAGUUGCAAUCGACCAGGGGGAUGUAAGCGACCGUGAAAAGGCGAGAGGAAGGAAGGGUGGUGGAGGCAGCGUAGGAGAUGACGAUAGAUAAAAGGGAAGAAAAGGAGAGGGUUAUGGGUUGAUCUUCAAUGUUGGAGAUAUAUAGCAAGAAGGGGAAGGAUACGAGGAUCAUGGGGUAAAAUUGGCAGUCGAUGGUGGCUAUAGAGAUGUUUCUGGCAGGUGGGAGGAGAUGCAGGUAGUAGACGCGAUGCAGGUGGAAGAAGAGACAGAGUGAAGAAGAAGGGAAAGAGUCAUACGACGACUUUUUUUAGAACCGGCAAUUUCAGGGCAUUUUUUUUAAUAUAUGUUUGUUGUUUUUAAUAUAUUAAUAAUAUAAAACGGGUAAAAGAAAAGUAAAAAAUAUUUAAUAAGGGUAAUAUAGUCUUUUUACUUUGAGCAUUGACCAAACGCGUAACAAAAAUAUAUAAUGACUGUCCGAGUUAAAAAAGAAGUUUAGGGACCAAAUAUACAGAUUAUCCUAAACCAUAAGGACCAUUUGUGUAAUUUACCAUAACACUUUUAUGAGUAGAAAGGAAGUAACGAAUACUUAAUGAUUUUCUUUUAUCUAAUAGAUGAACUGUUGAAAAUGUCAUAAGACAAUAAGGUCAACACGCAAAUUGACCAAAAUAUCAUGAUUUUCUCGCGAGAAAAUAAUACCGAAUUUAAGAAACGUUAUGGAGAAAGUGCCAAGAUUGACACAGACGGAGGAACGACGAAGUGAAAUCAAGGAGCGCACACAAAAAGAAAUUCCGCCGUGAGGAUCAACGGCCGUCGAUUCAACCUCCGCCGCCUCCUCCUCCUCCGUUGUCCGACGCUAAUUCCGGUGUCUCCAUAUUUGUGACGCAUUGCGAGCUUUUUAACGUACAUAUUAUAUAAUUUCAACGUCAAUUACCUUUGCAAUAGUUUGACAUUUGCAUUCCUGUUGCGAGACCUAGUGGAUCAAAUGGAUGAGUUCGGUAUGUUAGCGAAAGAUUUUGGGUUUCGGCCUCAAGGAAAAUCUGCUCCGAUGAAAUCGAUUGGUGGAGAUCGCCGGAGCCGAAAUUCACCCUCAUCAGCAACAUUCGCUGCCGAUGGGAAGGAUAUUUUUAACGACGUCUUUGGCGGUCCGCCUAAAUACACCAACAGCAACUCGAAAUCGACAUCUUCAAUGUCUGAUUUCGAUUACGAUUCGAUUUUCAAGGACUCUGUAUCGCCUAGUAAUAAUGAAACUAAAACGAAACCUACGUCUUCGAAUUCGCCGGUUUAUGAUAAGCCUGUGUAUGAUGACGACAUUUUCGAUGGAUUGCCAGGGAUAAAGAGCACGCCGGUAUCUUCUUCUUCCCCGAGGAGGUACGAUGAUAACAUUUUUGCAUCAAUGAAUAGUUCACCGCCUAAACCGAGUCCACAGAGUGGUCAUUUUGAUGAUCUAUUUAGUAGUUUAGGACGAACAGAGAAGGCUCAACCGAGCAAGAAUCAAAGUAAUAAGAGUCCAGGUGGUUUUGAUGAUUUGAUCCCUGGCUUCGGAAGCGGCAGUCCUGCAUCUGGUACCAGAUGGAAUUCAGAUCCAAGCCCAAAAUCAGCUAUCAAAAGAAAGGAAAAAUCCAAUGCAACAGAUGACCCAUUUGCAGUGCUAGAAUCUAUGUCAACCCCUGUUGCUUCAGCUUCAUCCCAGGGUCUUUUCACAGAUCCACUAGAAGAGAUAAGCAGAAUUAGUAAAUCCAAGAGCACAAAAAAAGGUGGGGAUGUGUUUGGUGACAUAGACUCCCUUAAUGGUUUGAAUAAAUCUUCUUCACCUUCAUCCACAAAGGAGACAAAUAACAGGGGAAAGGGUUCAGAAGAAGGCUCCAGUAUAGGCAGUGCACGAAGCUCUAUAGAAGAAUCAUUCUCACAGAAGUCACCUUUUGAGGAUCAUCAAAGCGUCUUUGACAUGCCAGCUGUUUCUAGAAACUCUCCCACAUCACAUACCGAGACAAACUCUCAGGCGGGCCCAUCCCCAAAAUCAGAACAUGGCGAUGACAUAUGGCUGACUGUGUCAGAGAUCCCUCUGUUCACAGCGGUUACUAAAGCUCCACCACCUUCAAGACCCCCUCCUCCUAUACCAAGUCCAAGGCAAUCAUCUUCUCCGUUAGAUGAGCUUGAAGGUUUUGUAAGGGAAAAGGAACACACGAAUGCUUCUAGAAGUAAAGAAGAGGAACAAGAGAAAGAGAGGGUGAGGGAGAAAACCAGACAAGCUGUAGAGAGGGCUACAAGGGAAGCUCGUGACAGAGCUGCAUCUGAAGCUCGGUUAAAAUCGGAAAGAGCUGCUGUUCAGCGAGCUCAAGCUGAGGCUCGUGAGAGGGCGGCUGUUGAGGCUAAGGGAAGAGCAGAAAGAGCUGCUGCUGAAGCCAGAGAAAGGGCUUCAGCAGAAAAAGCCGCUUCAGAGGCCAAAGAGAAAGAAGCACGUGAGAAAGCUGCUGUUGCAAAGGCUCAAGCAGAAGCAAGACGUCGAGCAGAGCGUGCUGCUGUUGAAAGGGUCACUGCCGAGGCUCGUGAGAGAGCCGCUGCAGAAGCUCGAGACAGGGCUGCUGCCGCUGCCACCGCCGCUAAGGUGAAUCAACAAAAGAAUGAUAACGAUCUUGAUUCCUUUUUUAACAUGGGUUCCCGACCAAACAGUGUGCCAAAAUCAAGGACAUCUUCUGACUCUGCAACUGAUCCACUAUCUCAGGAGAGACGAGCACCAGAAGUGGCCCACAGGGCUUCUUCCAGUGCUGGAGCUCCUUCCAAUGUAAGGAAAACAUCUCCCACCACCAAUUUUGUUGAUGAUCUUAGCUCAAUUUUUGGAGCUGCUACGCCAGGUGUAGAAUUCCAAGAUGUUGAAGGGGGGGAAACUGAGGAACGAAGAAGAGCUAACAUGGAAAGAGACCAACGCAUCGAGGAACGAGUGGCUAAAGCACUGGCUGAAAAAAAUGAGCGAGAUAUGCAAUCUCAGAAGGAACAGGAAGAAAGACAAAGGAUUUCUGCAACUUUAGAUGUUGAAAUCAAGCGUUGGGCUGCAGGGAAGGAAGGAAAUCUGCGAGCAAUGCUAUCAACAUUACAAUAUGUUCUUUGGCCUGAAUGCGGUUGGCAGGCUGUUUCAUUGACUGAUUUGAUCAGUGGUGGGAGUGUUAAAAAAGCAUAUAGAAAGGCUACUUUGUGUAUCCAUCCUGAUAAAGUGCAGCAAAAAGGAGCUACUCUUCAACAGAAAUAUGUUGCCGAGAAGGUUUUUGACCUCCUUAAGGAGGCUUGGAACAAGUUCAAUUCAGAGGAGCUCUUUUAGUCUCUCAUACAGUUAAUCCGUAAAAUAUAUACACAAUCUUCACGUGAGCUGGGAUAUCAUUGUACAUGUAUGUGUGUUCAUUGUUGCAUAUUGAUCGUAUGCAAAAAGGUGAUGCUAUCUCUUCUUCCUUUUUUUAAACUUUUUUUGCAUCUCUUUCGAGAUUCUGGUGUUAAUUUUCAUAUAAAUCUUCAGGUACAUUUCUUCUUGGAUUUCAUUUUUUGUUUUUCUAAUUUAAUUGUAUAAUUUUUCCCCCUUUUAGUCCUAUUCUUUUGUUCAUCGAUUGACCUAGGAUGAUAGAGAUUACUAAUUCCAUAGGAUGGAUAGCUCUUUAUUUCUUUUAUUUUGUUAUUCAAUUUAUAUGGAUUGUUCAUAUCAUCAGUUAACACGAAUUUUAUUGUAAGGCAUGUACUUUUAAAAUCAACAUUUAAGAGUUUAUGUUAUAAAUUUAAAAUCAGAUAAAGGGAUUUGGUUAUCAAAA